CAGCAAAAGAUGGGGAAGCCUCAGAAGAUCGUCGUUGUCGGUGCUGGACCCGUGGGUUCGCUGGCGGCUUUGUAUGCUGCGCAGAGGGGACACGAGGUUGAGGUUUAUGAGUUGCGACCUGACCUUAGAGAUCCUGGUACUAUCCCACUCAACUUCACCAGGUCCAUCAACCUCGCCAUCUCGGAGCGCGGCAUCAAUGCUAUGCGCCAUGCCGGCCAGCCAGGCCUCCUCGAUCAUGUCAUGGCGACUACAAUCCCCAUGAGAGGCCGCAUGAUUCACGGCAGAGGACCAACCGGUGCCUUGUUCGAGCAGUCUCAAGACUACGACGUCAAGGGACGGGCAAUCCACGCCAUUGACCGUGCGGGACUCAACAAGCGGCUUCUCGACAUUCUCGAGAGCAUGCCCAAUGUCAAGCUCUUCUUCAACCACAAGCUCACGGGCGCAGACUAUCGUGCUUGCAAGGCGUGGUUUGAGGUGCAAGACGGCAGCGCGGCCAAGGAUUCUCGGCCCAAGGAGAUCGACAUCGCUUUCGAUCUCAUGAUUGGAGCCGAUGGUGCUCAUUCCGCUGUGAGGUAUCAUCUCAUGAAGUUUACUCGGAUGAACUACCAGCAAGAGUACAUCGACACCUUGUGGUGCGAGUUCCAGCUCAAGCCCGUCCAUACAGACGACACAGCCGAUCCAAUGGCCAAGUUCAGGAUAUCGCCCAACCACUUGCACAUCUGGCCCGGCAAGGACUUUAUGUUUAUUGCUAUCCCCAGCGAUGACGGCUCAUUCACAUGCACGCUCUUCAUGCCAAGCCGAGAGUUUACAGAGCUCGAAAACAACCCUUCCAGUUUGCCGAGCUUUUUCGACAAGCACUUCCCAGGAGUGACGGACUUGAUACCCGGCGAUGAGCUAAUAGAGUCCUUCAAGACCAACCCUCACCUUCCACUCAUCAGCCUCAAGUGCAAGCCGUAUCACUAUGGCUCCUCUUGUGUCAUCGUCGGCGACGCAGCCCACGCCAUGGUGCCCUUUUAUGGCCAGGGCAUGAACGCGGGAAUGGAGGACGUGCGGAUUCUGUUUUCGAUUUUGGAUAAGCAUGCCCAGAUUGGAGAGUCGAACGAUCCUUCGAACCAGUCCACGACCUCAACUGCGGCCGCCUUUGAGAGAUCUCUGGCUCUGGCAGAGUAUUCGGCGGUUCGUCCCUUCGACGCGCACGCAAUCAACGACCUCGCCCUUCAAAACUACGUCGAGAUGAGAUCCUCCGUUCUCUCCCGGCGGUACCGACUCCGCAAGUUCCUCGAAGAGUUUAUGAGCGUUCACUUCCCCCGCAUGGGAUGGCAGACCAAGUAUUCUCGCGUGAGCUUCAGCAACGAGGGCUACCUGGACGUUAUCAAGAAGAGCGACUCUCAAGGCAAGGUCUUGGUCCGGAGUUUCUUCGCACUCAUUGCCAGCCCCUUCUUCGUCACGGCAGCCGUAUUUGGCUACAAGUAUCGCCGGUCGCUCGCCCACAUCAUCCACGGACUCCGGCACCUAGGCGACCACGCUUGA